AUGUCCUCCACCGUAAACAAUGGGGCUGCCGGCCUGCCAUCCCCGCCCGACGCCGCCAACGGCUUCCCGCAGCCCGGCGCCUCGUCCGGGACCUGGCCGCGCCCGGAGGAGGAGCUGCGCGCCGCCGAGCCCGGCUUGGUCAAGCGCGCGCACCGGGAGAUCCUGGACCACGAACGCAAGCGGCGCGUGGAGCUCAAGUGCAUGGAGCUGCAGGAGAUGAUGGAGGAACAGGGGUACUUAGAGGAGGAGAUCCGGCAGAAGGUUGGGACCUUCCGGCAGAUGCUGAUGGAGAAAGAGGGCGUACUGACCAGGGAAGACCGGCCUGGGGCCCACAUCAUGGCAGAGACCCCGCGGAGGAUGGACGGCUUGGAACCGGGCCUGGAGUACCCACCCUUCGAUGAGGACGACGGCCCGGUGGAUUGCGACUGCCCGGUCGCCUGCUACCGCGGGCACCGGGGGUACAGGACCAAGCACUGGUCCAGCAGCUCCGCAUCGCCCCCUCCCAAGAAGAAGAAGAAAAAGAAAGGCAGUCAUCGGAGGAGCCGCAAAAAGAGGAGACUAGAGUCAGAAUGCAGCUGUGGGAGUGCUUCCCCCCUGCGCAAGAAGAAGAAGGGUGUGAAGAAGCACCGCCGAGAUAGGUCUGAUUCUGGGUCCCGGAGGAAGAGGCGAUACAGAUCUCGAAGCCUCAAGAGCAAACGAAAAGAAAAAAACAAAGAGCGCAAGAGGCCUCACGCUGAGUCCCCAGGCCGAAGGUCUCACCACCACAGCAGCGUCACCUCCCACAGUCCCUCGGUGACCUCACACUACAGCGAUUCCGGAUCACCAAGCAGGCUAAGCCCCAAGCAUCGAGAUGACGGGCAGAAGACUGGCAGCCAGCGAUCCAGCGGGAGCCGGUCGCCGUCCCCAUCGGGCGGCAGCGGAUGGGGGUCGCCCCAGCAGAACGGAGGCAGCAGGCAACGCAGCGGAGCGCACGGGGGCCGCCCCGGCUCGGCGCACAGCCCGCCCGAUAAGCCUAGCUCGCCCCGGGCCUGCGACAAGGUGACCGCCGCGCCCACGCCGCCCGCGCGUGGGAAAGACAGUCAGAGCCCGCGCUCCGCGCCGUCGUCUCAGGGACGUGGGGGCCGCGCGGCGGGAGGGGCGGCCAGGCGCCGUCGCCGGCGGAGGAGGAGGCGGCGAUCGCGAUCCUCGGCCAACGCGACCCGCCGCAGAGGGCGCCGGCGUGCAAAGCCAGCGCCACCCCGGGGCUCGUCCCGCUCGCUUAGCGGGGCUCACUCCAGCAGCGAGUCGGGCGGCGGAGCCCCGGGUCCAGGGCCCGAGCCGGGCUCAGAGCGAGGUCACAGCGGACACGGGAAACGGGCAAAGGAGCGACCCCCGCGCGCGCGGCCCACAAGCACCUCACCAUCUCCAGGCGCGCACAGCCGGCGGGGUGGCCCAGAGGGGAACAGCUCAUCGCGCAGCCCCGGCCCCCAUCCGGGGUCCUGGAGCUCCAGCCGCUCGCCGUCCAAAUCCCGCUCACGCUCCCCAGAUAAAAGGACCCGCAGCCCCAGCCUCUCCCCGUCUCCCAAGAAACCUCUUGGCCGGGACAAAGACAGCGAAGGCCGUGCGAGGCAUGCCGAGGCUGAGGCCGCCCGCACCCGACGUCGCUCCCGCAGCUACUCGCCCAUCCGAAAGCGACGCCGCGACUCGCCCAGUUUCAUGGAGCCAAGGCGCAUCACCAGGAACCUCCUGCUGCGUGGCCUGUGGCCAGCCUGGGGGCCGUGUGGACCGGGCUCCACAGGCAGCCCAAGUGAUGCCCAUUGCCCGAAAGCGUCCCAUCCCCUACUACCGACCCAGCCCCUCCUCUUCCUCCAGCUGCUUGAGCAGCGACUACUCAAGCCGGAGCCACAGCCGGAGCCCAAGUCAGGGCCACAGCCACGGGAGCUACAGUAGCCGCAGUCAUGGGACCCGCAGCCGCUCAUGCAGCCGCUCCAGGAGCCGCAGUCCCAGCUACCACAGCAGGAGCAGCUCUGAGAGCGGGGGCUUCUAAGUCCAGACGGACCCAUCUGGGGUUAGAAGGCCCUGGCACAACCAGGAGAGGCUGGGGCCCUGAGACCUGGGAAGGAGGGGUCUGUACCCCCAUAUUGUUACAGAGGUCCCGGGAUGGGGGUGGGGCAGCACGUGGGCAGUUGGGACUGGGGAAGAGCUUCUCUGGUGGGUGUCCCACCCACAAGGAGGAAUCGAAUUGUCUUGUCCCUAAAAUGUGCCCAUCCCCACGCCCUGCCCACCCACCAUGACCAGGGAACAAAGAGCCUUUUCGAACACAGAUUAGAUCACCACGCCCCUCUUCUGCUUGAGGCCAGCUUACCAGCCUUGGGGCCCAUUGCCUGGGUAUGGCACAAGAGUCCCCUGUUGGCUCUCACUUCACCUCUGCUCAGUGGACCCUUGCACAGCUUGGAAGGUGCCAAACCCAGGACCUUCCCCUCCUCUCUAUCUCCCGCGGAGUUGAUCUGCAGACAGCGAAGCGAGCCAGAUCUCAGGGGGAAGCAAGACCCACCUAACUCUUGGUGUAUCGCCAGGCAGGAUGAGAUGCUCACACUUGGUCCCAUCUCUCUCCCUUGCCCUCAUAGCAGCAAGCCGGAGGCCAAGGCCACAUCAUCUAGGCCUUCGUCAGCACAAGAGGUGGCACAUACCACAUCUGUAUCUAGCCCUGAAGUCAAAGAUGGGGGUACAGGGGUGGGGACAUAGCUCAGUUGGUAGAGUGCUUGCCUAGCAUGCAUGAAGUCCUGGGUUCCACCCCAAAGCAUAAAACCAAGCAUGCUGGUGCAUGCCUGUAAUCCCAGCACUCUGGAGGACCAGGGGUUCAAGGUCAUUUUAGGCUACAGAGUGAGUUUGAAUUCAGUCUGGGGUACAGGAGACCCUGUCUCAAAUGUGAGACAGAGAAAGACUGGGGAUUCAGGUCAGAAGAUUAAAAAAGAACACGGGUAGAAAGCCGAGGGAUAUUUUUCUUUUUUUAGUGUGGGCCCAAACAAUGCAGUCAGAUGCCGAGGCAGGUCAAGGGCUACUGGGAGACUAUACCGACUGCUGUCUGGGUCACGGGCCAAAUGAUUGCUCAUGGCCACAAACAGAGGCCAGCAUGCAGCGCACUUCGGAGCCUGCCCAAGGGAGGCCUCGCUCCCAGGCUUUGCUAGGUCAGGGUUGGUCAAGGCUUUCAGAACAGGAGUGGUAGGUUCCAGCCAAAGCCGUCCACCUGGGGCAUGAUGGGGAAGCAGUGGUCCCCCCUCUAGCCCUCUUCCGUGGCACCCAGCCCUCCCCCUGCUGGGGCCCUCAGGGAUCUCGAAGUCUUCCUUGGCCCAAUAGGGCAGAUGCCCUGGGCUCUGGUUGGGGGGAGGAGUCUGGGGUCUGAUCCGGGUUCCCACCCUCUCUCAGUUUCCCCUUCCCUCUUUCUCCGCAGUGCGGGAAAAAAAAAUUGGACUGUAAUAAAUACAUUAGGU